AUGGCUCCUCAUACUAUUGAAUCGAACUAUGAUCUUAUUUUCGCUGGGGGAGGAACUGCGGCGUGCAUCAUCGCUGGUCGUUUGUCCAAGGCCGACCCCAACCUCAAGAUCCUCAUUCUUGAGGCUGGGCCUACUACCAAGGACAAGUUAGAGCACGUCCAGCCCGGUCAAUAUAUCACCCAUUUGGUUCCAACCAGCAAGACAAUGCAAUUCUACGAGUCCAAGCCUAGCGAACACGUCGCAGGUAGGGCUGUCGUCGUCCCUUCUGGUCGCUGCAUUGGUGGAGGCUCUUCCGUCAACUUUAUGUUAUACAACCGCCCUGCCGCGUCUGACUUUGACUCCUGGGAGACCGAAUUCGGUAAUGAAGGCUGGGGAUCCAAGGAUAUUAUCCCUCUACUCCAGAAAGCCGAAACCUAUGAGGUCGACCCUACUAGGAAGACCCACGGUUCCUCAGGACCCAUCAAGGCAUCUUUCGGAGGGAAUGCUGAAAUGAUGGAGAUCCCUAAGCAGUUCCUUGAGAUUGGUCCCAAGUUCGAAAAAGACCGACCGGAAUCUGAGGAAGGAAACAACCUCGACCCUGAAUCAGUCAAUGUAUUUUUCAGAAUGCCAAAGUAUGCUGGACGCCGGUCCGAUGCUGCCCAUCAUUACCUCUACAAUUCUGAGAGCAAGAACCUCUCCGUGUUCGACGGAACGCGGGUAAAACGUGUCAUUUUCGAGGGAACCCGGGCAGUCGGCGUCGAAUAUGUGUUCGACAAGCAGGUCUAUCCCGAUGCGGAGCAGACUGUGCACACGGUUCGCGCAAGUCGCCUUGUGGUCGUCUCCGCGGGUGCCAUGGGUAGCUCCCUGAUCCUUGAGCGAUCGGGUAUCGGUGCUGCGUCGAUCUUGGAAAAAUUCGGUAUCAAGCAGAUUGUAGACCUCCCCGGCGUGGGCAAGGACUAUGACGAUCAUCCGUUCCUUGUAACACCGUAUAUUGCGGACGGAAAUACCGAGACAUAUGACCCUCUUUUCCGUGGAGAGCCUGAGGAGUGGGGUAAAAUUUUACCUCAAUGGGCCGCUGAUGGUUCUGGACUAUUGGGAGGAAACGGUGUGGACGCGGCCAUUAAAAUGCGGCCCCGGGAAGACGAACUGGAGGAAUUAGGUCCUGAUUUCCAAGAAUAUUGGAAAACGAGCUUCGCCGACAAACCGGAUAAGCCCUUGUUUUGGCUUAGCGCCUUGGCCGGCCUUCCUGCUGAUCAGUCUGCGUUGCCUCCGAUCAAAUUCAUGGCGUCGGGAUGCUUCCUCGGAUAUCCCGCCUCUCGUGGACAUCUUCACAUUGCUUCCGAUGAUAUCUACGCCCAUCCUGAUUUUGAUGCAGGAUUUUUGAACCAUCCGGCCGACGUCGCCGCUCUUCGAUGGGGUUACAAGAAAGGUCGGGAGUUACUUCGCCGAAUGGGUGUAUAUCGUGGCCCACUUGCUCCCGCACAUCCUCAGUUCGCUGCGGGCAGCCCGGCAGCUGCGGCCCUCGCUGAGAACGGCCCUGUUGCACUGGAUGCGCCUAAAAUUACUUAUAGCAAGGAAGACGACGAAGCCAUCGCUGCAAACGUCAGGAACUUUGUUGCAACAACCUGGCAUUCCCUCGGGACUUGCCCUAUGAAGCCAAGAGAACAAGGCGGAGUCGUCGACAAGGACCUCAACGUUUACGGCGUUACGGGAUUGAAGAUCGCUGAUCUCUCCAUCCCGCCUGCUAAUGUCAACUGCAACACUUACUCCGCUACCCUGGCGAUUGGUGAAAAAGCGGCCCUUAUUAUCGCAAAUGAUCUUGGAAUUAAAGGUGUUUAA